AUGGACAGACUGGUAAAGCCCGAUGUCAAGGAAGUUCACCUCACCUUCACCCGCGGACGGAAAUGCUCCGCCACUUUCCGCCUGAGCAACCUGAUGCACACCAUGUCCGUCGCCGUCUCCCUCUCCACCACCAACCCUUCUUUCUCCUUCCCCCACCCUUUUUCCAUCCUUCCCCCCCUCUCCACCGCUUCAUUCUCUGUUCACCUCCACCAGCCCUCCGACCAGCCGCCACUCUCCUCCCCUCCCGACACCAUCCUCGUCCGCUCCUCCAUGCUCCCAACCGGCAAAGCCCACCCCGACGAUCUCCGCCGCCUCUUCUCCAAGCCCGGCCCCCACGUCUUCAAGGACGCCGCCAUACCCAUCUCCCUGGUCGGCCCCCACGUCGUUGAAUCCCUCUUUUCUCCUCCCAGAAACAAGACUCUUGAAGUCGCCUUCCUCUUCUCCAUGGCCGUUUCUGCGUGUGACUCCUCUGAUCUGAAUUCCUUGCUCCGAUCCGCCGCCAGUCUCGGGAAUUCUUACUUCAUGUCAGCUCUGAUCGAGGCCGGAGCCGCUGUCAAUCACAGGGUUAGGGCUUUGGAGUCUGUGAUGUCACUGGCCAUUCAAUCAGAACAGAUCGGUUCGCUUCAAGUUCUGAUCGAAGCCGGCUACAAAAUGGACCCUUCGCUCGAUAGGUUCUUGCACGAAGCGGCGAAAAUGGAUCGAGUCGACUUAAUGGAGAUUAUUUGUCUGGGUUUCACAGAUAUCGACAUGAAUUCAACCAAUUCCCGCGGUCAAACCGCUCUUCACGUCGGGGCGAAUCGCGGGAACGUCGAAGUACUUCAGUUUCUUGUUUCCAUGGGGGCCGAUCCGGAUAUCGCCGACCGCGAUGGAUGGACGCCGCUUCACUGCGCCGCCGAUGAAGGCCACGAAAAGGCCGUGGAUUUCUUGCUGGACUGCUCGACGUUCUCUAAGUACGCUGUGAACAGAGACGGAAAGACGGCUUUUGCUCUGGCGGUGGAGAAGGGCCACUCCCAUUUAUACAACGGCUUGCAUUUGGGCGAAGCUUUGCACCGGGCGGCGAGAAUGGACGAUGUCCACUCCAUGAAGAGCUGUCUGGCCGAAGGCGCGGAGGUGAACGGGAGGGACCAGAAUGGGUGGACGCCGCUGCACAGGGCGGCGUUCAAGGGGCGGAUGGAGAGUGUUAAGCUCUUGCUCGGGCAUGGAGCUCGGGUUGAUCUGCUGGAUGACAGCGGACGGUCGCCGCUGCAGCUGGCGGCGGAGGCAGGGCACGUGCAGGUGGCGAUGUGCUUGACGGCUCAUGGGGCCAAAGCAAGCUCGAAGGUGAAGAGUCUCGAAUCCAAUUUGGAUUGUUUCAAGAACCAUCCUCCUUUUGUAACUUCUUCGUGUCAACAGAAAGAGCGAGCUUGA